UGUACCUUAUUAGAUUGUGCCCCAUGUGGGCAACCCUGGCCUCGCCCUAUCAGAUUCCCAUUUUCGCAAUCCAUUCUCCCUGAAGCUGUCAGCAAUUUAAAACGAAACUAAAUUGUCAUCUCUUAUUUCUAGUUCUAAUGAAGUGUUUUUAUCUGUACCCUUUAUGGGUCUGUCCCACUUGGCGAUUUUUAUUAGGUAACUGUCGGCGACUGUCGUAGUCGUAGCAGGUCGCCGAAAAACCGAGGACAACCCACGACAGUACAUUUGUCAGGAGAAGUCGAGCUACGCUCAUUGGCGUCAAACCCACUAUCGCCGAAAAAUUUCCAACCUGUUGAAAAUUUAGCGGCGACCAGAAAGACUCUACCACUUUUUAUACGACUGAGACUACUCCCGGCGAACAUGUGGCAACAAACUAGUUGCCUGUAGUUGCCUAAAAAAUCACCUAAGUGGGACAUUAUUGUCUAUGUGCACUUUGGACAGCUUGAUUGGAUUCAUGUGCAGUGUGUUCUUUGACUGGAUAGCACACAAAAAUGUUUCAUUCCACCAUGUCAGAAUAGUAAAAAACUUUCGGCAGAUGUUGACUGACUGGCUGUGCAUCAUCAGUAUUUUCUGUUUUAAUUUCUGAAUGGGCCUUCACAAAGAUCGACAUAAAGUGCUGGAGUAAUUCAGCUAGUCAGGCAGCAUCUCUAGAGAACAUGGAUAGGUGACAUUUCAGGUGGGGACCCUGGCUACUUGUGUCUGUUUUUGUAAAUCAGCAUUUGCAGUUCCUUCUAUAUACUUGACGAAUAUAUUUUUUUUAAGAAGGGAAAUUGGGAUGAUCCAGGACAUUAUAGGUGGAGCCUCAAAUCAAAGUUCAAGAGGAAAAUGUCUAAAUACAAUCCAAAAAAGAGGAAACUUAGUUCUUCUAAAGGUGAUGGGCAAGAUUACACCCCCAUCAACACUCCAAUAUCAGGAACAGCGGGAAGAAAAAGAAUACUUAAGUUUCAUGAUGAUGACUGUUCAUUAAAAAUUACCUCGCCUAAGUUAACAACCUCAAAGUUAAUACAUUCUCAAAGUGAUAAUAAUUAUAAAGAAAAUAUCAUCAAUUGUGCUUCAGACAAUUUGUCUAUUAAUGAACACCAAGAUGAUUCACAGAAAACCUCCAGACUGACUCCUAAUGAAAAGGACUGUCCAUGUGAGUCUGUAAUGUCUCCAAAGUCUUUUUACAGGAUGGAAAAGCAGUCGUAUCUCACCCCUCUUGAGAGAAAAUUAAUCAAUCACAAUAAGCUUCCUAAGUCGGUUGCUCCAACUCAACAAUCUGAAAUGGAGAGCGUAAAAUAUCAAGCAAAGGGAAAGAUAGGAACAAAAGAAAAAAUGUCAAUUGUUUCCAUUUCUAAAGUUCCAUUCGCUUCAAAGGAAUCACAAAUAGAUAAAGUCAAAUCAAACGCUACUUCAAAACGGACCAUUCUGAAAGAUAGUGUGCAUUACGGAACAGUAGCCAAAACACUUACUUUUAGUUCAAGGAUAAAUGGUUUGAAGGUACAGCAAAGACCUAGAAUUCAAAAAGGAGCAGCUUUCUUUUCUACUGGUAGAAAAUCCCAGCCUUGCUUCAAAAAGAGUCUUCCAGAAACUAACAACAAAUCGCUUUCAUCUGAUGGCGUAAGCCAACAAAGGGAGAGUAACGACAAAGACAAAUCCAAUCUGAACAAACUUCUGACAAGUGAUCACAGCAAUAAAUUGAAUGAGAAGAUCAAUGACAAUGCUUCUAGUAUGAAAGCCAAACGAGGAAAAGUUGAAAAAUCGACAUACUUAACUGCACAUUUAGCCAAUGUUUUGCUUACUAAGGAAUUGAAGGUGGUACUUCACAGAAUCGAAGUGGAACAAUCCAAUUAUUCAACAUUUGCAACCAUGGAGAAGUCAUUGCAACAGAAAGAUUCAACGGCAGAAAAUGAAAAAAAUACCAGUUUGGAGCAAGAAGAUGAAAGAUCACUUGGAAAUACUGAAAAAAAUAAAGGCUUGCUGUCGACUGCUGCUAUCUAUCCCAUCUUUAGUAUUCGUCCUGGCAGUAAAAGAUGUGAGCUACCAAAAGAAGAAACGACAACCAUUGGACCCAGCAAUUCUGUUUCUCUCCCCAAGUUCCCUUUACAGAAAAACAAAAAGAGAGAUUUCGAAAAAGUACAUAGUGAUCAGUUAAUAAUAGAUGCUGGUCAGAAGCAUUUUGGACCCAUCAUGUGCAAGUCCUGUGGCAUGAUUUAUACAGCAGCCAAUCCUGAGGAUGAAGUGCAGCAUAUAAAAUAUCACCAAAGGUUCCUGGAAGGGCUUCGAUUUGUGGGAUGGAAGAAAGAGCGUGUUGUGGCAGAAUAUCUCGAUGGAAAGAUUAUUAUGAUUCUCCCUGAUGAUCCUAAGUAUGCUCUCAAAAAGGUGGAAGAAGUGAGAGAGUUGGUCGAUAGCGAAUUGGGGUUUCAACAAGCCACAUUAAGCUGCCUAAGCCAAAGUAAAACCUACAUGUUUAUCUCUAAUGAAAAGAAGAUUGUUGGCUGUCUUAUUGCAGAACAUAUCAAAAAGGCCUUCAGGGUGCUAUCAGAGCCCGCCGAUCAGAAAAUAACUGAGAACAAUGUGCUAUUUGAACAUCGGCGUGCCUGGCAAUGUGCUGCAAAGUCCGAAGAAGCUCUCUGUGGUGUGAGCAGAAUCUGGGUAUUUUGCAUGAUGAGAAGAAAGAAAAUCGCCAGCAGAAUGUUAGAUGCUGUCCGAAAUACUUUCAUAUAUGGAACAUACCUGAAUAAGAAUGAAAUUGCCUUCUCUGACCCAACACCAUCCGGAAAGCUGUUUGCAACUAAAUACAGUAAAACUCCAAACUUUCUUGUUUAUAACUUGUUAACAUGAAAAGUAAACUUGUUUUAGUAAAUGUUGGCCUGUUGAUGGUUUUGCUUUGCCUUUUAGUUUUUAACAAACUUCACUAUUGUAAAAUGUUUCUAUAAUGCUGUGCAAUUUGCAAAUUUGAUCCAAGAACCAUUGCAGCACUAACAAUUGAAAUAAUAUUCAUUUGGAUUUGUGAAAACUUUAACUGAUAAUUAAAGUAUGAAUGUGUAGUUGUAAUUUAUGAAUUUCAUCAAUAAAAAAUUAUAGUUUGUA